GCGAGGUCGCCUUAACGGCUGGUUCUUGGCCUUGUCUCUAGUGGGUUACAGGCCUCGGAGGCCGCCGCCCAUUGGCCGGGCAGCGGGCCAAUGAGGGGUGCGAAGCCGGAGACAGGCCUCCCAGGAGGGGGCGUGGCGGGCCCGUGCCGGGUCGCGUGCGGGGUCGCGAGCCCCUGGUGGGCAAUGUAACGGCUUCUCCCCAGCCUCUCCCUCCCGGCUCCUGCCCCCGCACCCACAGACCGGCUCCAGGCAGCGCCCGGGGCGGAGGCGGCAGUGGCGGGGUGCGGGUUGAGGGAGCUGGGCCUCGACGCCCCCCCUCAUCCCCGUACCCCAGGAGCUGUGCCUAGUCCAGGAGGGGCUGGGAGGCCCAUGGAGCCGAAAGUCGCGUUCCGUGGAGGUGCGAAUCGCUGCUGGAACCUCAGUGCGGACGCCAGCAGUCGACUAACAGAUGUCUUCAACAGCGUGGUGCUGACGGGCUCCCCUUCCUUCUAUGAUUGCUACAAAUCGCAGAAUGAAGAUAGUGUUGACCUAAGGCAGACCUAUGCUCCACUUUCUUCAUCAACGGAAUAUGCAAGUUCUGUAGAUUCUUCACUUUUCUAUGCACCAUGGUCUACAUAUGGAGAUGAUAUUAAACAGCCCUGUAAUUCUCAGAUCAAUGUAAAGAACAGAUCUUACAGUAAUGGUGAUGAUUAUAACUUGCCAGGUGCUGCAAGUGCCUGGUGUACUGCAAGGAUUCAAACAGAAAGAAAUGACUAUGGUAGUGAAACAGACUUAUAUGGACUUGUGUCUAACAUUUUGGAAGAACAAGAUAAAUCACAGCCAUACUUUGCUGAGGGGACCUGUUCCUCCAAUUUAAAGUCAGUUUGGCCAAUGAACACAAGCAGAUUUGCAGAUCACCAUGACCUCUUAACAGAAACCAAAAGGCCAGUAGAUACAGCCAUCUCUCAGCAAGCUUUUUAUACUGGUGAAUCUGUGUCAGCAGUGGAAAAGCAGUACCUACAUAACAGUAAUCUCAUACCACAACAAAAAAUAGAUGAACUUUAUCAUGGAUUUACUGGUUUAGACCUUGAAGAACAAUGGAUGUACCCCUCACGAAAUGAUCAUUCUAACUGUUACAAUAUUCAGCCAAAUGAUACAGCUAAGACAGCAUUUCAAGAAUAUCCAUUUAUCAAAAAUUGUUUUACACCACAGACUGGUCUGUCUGACAUCAUGAAAGAAUCAGGAGUUGAUACUUACUCUUACGGAAGAGAGAAAAUAUGUGCUAAAGGUCUUGAGGCACCAUUACAGCAAAAGAGGGCAGAGAUAUUUCUUUCCCAAUUUAAUAGGUACAGUGAAAAUCCAGAUUAUUGUAGAUACCCAGAAUAUGCUCAUCCUAAUAAGGCUAAGCUGAGUAAGUGUUCGAAUUUUAGUGUCCAAGAUAGUAAAAAAUUAGCUAGUGCCACACCUGAAACACCAACUGUAGAAGCAGACACCUACACAAAGUUAUUUCAGGUAAAACCAGCAAAUCAGAAAAAAAUGGAGGAGACAAUACCUGACCAGCAGAAUUUCACAUUUCCAAAAACUACACCACAUCUGACAGAAAAACAGUUUGGAAAGGAAGCAGCAUUUACUGCUGAUUUUGGCUUAAAAUCAGAAUAUGGACUAAAACCUCAUACAACUUGUUCAGCUAAUAAUGAUUUUGCUAAUGUCACAGAAAAACAACAGUUUACAAAACCUGACCCCCCAAAUUCUGAGUAUUUUAAAUCAGUGAAUUUACUAGCAAAUUCAGCAACAUCUUCAGGAGGUAUCAACUUAAACAGACCAACAUGGAUGAAUGUCCAAACAAAAAAUAACACUCCUAUUCUUUAUCGAAACCAAGGUAACUUGAUGAAAUUAAAUUCUCAUUUAAGUGCAGCUUCAAAAUGUUCUAACCAUUCUUCGGAUUUCCCCCAACUAUCAUCUACAAAUUUAACCCCAAAUAGCAAUUUAUUUCAGAAGUAUUGCCAAGAAAACCCUUCAGCAUUUUCUAGUUUUGAUUUUGGUUACAAUGGUGCAGAAAGAAUUCAAUCUAUCAAUCACAUGGAAGGACUGACAAAGACUGGAGAAGAAAAUCUCUUUGAAUCUGUUACCGAUAAAAAAAUAAAGCAGCCAAAUGGAUUUUGUGAUAACUAUUCAGCUCAACAGUAUGGGAUCAUUGAAAGUGUAAACAAACAUAAUUUUCAAGCUAAGCCCCAAAGUGGACAUUAUGAUCCUGAGGAAGGGCCAAAGCAUUUAGAUGGCUUAUCUCAAAAUACAUAUCAAGAUCUGUUGGAGUCACAGGGUCAUUUUAAUAGCCACAGACAAGGAAGUGGAGACAACAAUAUUAAUAGCCGUGUGAAUCGCACACAGGCAUCAUGCUUUUCAAAUAAUUAUAUGAUGGGAGAUUUAAGGCAUAAUCAGAGUUUUCAACAACUUGGUUCAAGUGGGUUUCCACUAAGAUCCACUCAUCCAUUUGGCCAUUCAGUUGUUCCACUGUUGGAUUCGUAUGAUUUGUUUUCUUAUGAUGACUUAAGCCAUUUAUACCCAUAUUUUAAUGAUAUGAUGUAUGGUGAUAAUUCCUUUUCUGGUUUCGUGCCAACUUUUGGAUUUCAAAGACCAAUUAAAACCCGCAGUGGACCAGCCAGUGAACUCCAUGUUCGUCUAGAAGAGUGCUAUGAGCAAUGGAGAGCAUUAGAAAAGGAGAGAAAAAAGACUGAAUUGGCCCUUGCGAAGAAUUAUCCAGGGAAAAAAGUAUCCAGUACUAAUAAUACUCCAAUUCCACGGCUAACCUCCAAUCCAUCUAGAGUUGAUCGGUUAAUUGUGGAUGAACUUCGAGAACAAGCCAGAGUUGUGACUCUACUGGGCAAAAUGGAACGUCUUCGAAGCUCUCCCCUUCAUGCCAAUAUCUCUACAGCUCUUGAUAGACACUUGGAGUCCAUUCACAUUGUACAGUCACGUAGAAAGGAUGAAAUUGUUAAUGCUUCAAAUCGGCAAAGGCAAGGAGUUCCUAGAUGCCAAGAUGACAGAGAUGUUUUUGCGCUUGCUUCAGCAAUUAAAGAGAUGUGUGUAGCUACUCGGAAAGCGCGUACUACCCUGUGGUGUGCACUGCAGAUGACCUUGCCAAAAACAGCCAGUACAGCUGGCCAAACAGAUGUAGAAAAGGCUUUACAAGAUAUAGUAAACUGUGAAGAUAAAGUCCAUGAAAGCCUAAAUAGUAGCAAUCCAAUGAACCAGAGAGGUGAAGCAAACAAACAUUAAGGAAA